AUGUCACUAGAGCAUGCUAUAAUUAGUGGUUAAGCUAAAUUUGAUGAAACCUUUGAAGUUAAAUUAUAAAGAAAAAAAAUUAAGAUUCGUUUAAGCUAAUAUAAUAUAGAUAAUAGUAUAAUACUUAUUUAAGAAAGCGUUUAAAAAGAUCCUAUUCAAUAUAAAAAAGUUUCUCACAUAUUUGAGUAAUCCCUCUUAAAGUAAUUUUAAGCAAUCAGAAAAACUCCAUUCAGUUAAUAGUUUCAAUUUGGAGCAUUAUCUUUUUUAAUGUUAAGAUAAUUUAAAAUCAAAACAGUUAACAUUAGAAAAUUGAUAAAAAAUUUAAUGACUAUUUAUUUAUAAUCUAAAAAAAUAAAAUUAAAUUUUAAUGGAGAUUAUACAAUUAAAUUAAGAACUUAUGGACACUUAAUGAAAAUAUUCUUAAUAUAAGUAUUUUAAAUUUUACAAGAUUUAGAAUUUUAAUAAAAUUAUUUAGAUGAAAUAAAUGUAAUGAAUUUAGAAACAUGUCUCUAGAUUAAAUUUACAAUAAUAGACUAAUUUUCUUUUUUUCCACUCUACUUGAGAAACUAUUUUAUAGAAUAAACUGCUCCAUAUUUGCUUUUAAAUCCAUUAGGCUAUAAUUUAGAGUUCUAAUUUAGUAAGAUAUUACCUUUUAAUGAUUUGAAUUAAGAAUAUUGA